AUGAUUUUAUUUCAGAAAGAGCCGUUGUAUUUUAACUAUGAUACUUCUAAAGUUAGUCCAGAAAUGGCUGAGGUCAUGGACUCAAUUAAACAACUUGGUGAACAGUUGUUAUUUCAUUGGAGAACAUUUCCUAUUCACUUACCACCCUCACUUACAGAAUUAAACCAUGGACCUGAUAACCCUGAUGAACCAGAAUUUUAUAAGUCUCAGAAAAAGAGUUUGUUUGAACAGUUAUUUAUAGCUCCAACAUUUGAUGAGCUAGAUGAAGUAGCAUUAAACCAGUUUGGUGGUAUAAAGAGAUUAAGUGAUAAACAGUUAGAUAGUGUAUGGAAUCAUGGUGAAUUUGAAGUAGACAGUAUUCAUUUUCCUGGUCAAACUCAUAAAUGGAGACUAACACAACUAUUACAGAAAGGCACAGUUAGAGCACAUGAUACUCUUUUAGAUGACUCUGCAUUGUCUCUGAGACUGUUAAUAAUAACAGCUAGAAACAGAUUUCAAUCUCAUUUCUUCUCUCUAAGUCAAUCAUUUAAAGGUUGGACACAAGGAAUAUGGAAAUUAUUAGAUGUAUUAUUUGGUAUGCCCUCUACUACUUCUGGUGAUUUAAGUUUUAAAGUUAGAGAAGAACAUAUGCAGUAUUUAGUAGCAGAAUUAACAGUCAGACCUAACCAUAAACAAGAGUUAAGUAAUUAUUGUGAUUAUGUUAAAGAACAGAGUAGAUUAUUACGUACAGAUAGAUAUAAGGUUGUAGAUGGUCAACCACCACAAGUUCCCUAUCGUUAUCAAACACCUAAAGGUUUAGAAAUAGAUCUAAGAUUGUUUAAUAAAGAUUUGAUCAACAAUUGUUUACCAAUAUUAAGUAAUAUAUUAGAUAGAGAAUCUAAGGGAUGGCAUAUACAGUAUCGUCAAAAAUGUAUGAGAGAAAUUAAAGAUAAAAAUUUGUCUGCUGAAGCAAUGAAUGAGAAAAUGAAUGAAUCUGUAAUGAAAGAGUAUUUAAGAAGAGUAUAUCAAGCUAUAUUAAAUAAUGCUGAAUUAGAUAAUCUACAACCUGGUAUAGGUGAAUUGUUAAUAGCUCAAGCUCAAACUGUCAUAGCUUUACGUAAAGCAGUAGAAAAUCUACAGAGUAAUAUGCAGAAACAUAAAGAACAAUUGAUUAAACAUCUGAAGAAACAGUACCCUGUUAAGUCACGGAUUAGAGCUUGGAUGAAUGAACAGUUGGACUGUUUUGAAGAGGAAUUUAUAACUCAGAAUCUAUGGUCUGCACAUGAAGAAGCUACUAGUUUAUGUGAAGAACAGGAUUUACAACAAGCUGUAUAUUUCAUUAAACGAGAUAUCAACUUUAUUAAAGAGAGAGAGAGUGUAUUAAAGAAAGAAUUAAGUAAAGUUAAACAACCUAAUAGACAAUAUACGUUUAAUUCUAAGAUAUGGUUUCCUAGUAAUUAUAUUAUAAAACGAUAUUAUAGAGGAGAAUCUGUAGUUAUACCUACUGUAUUUAAAGAGACAUCUAUUAGUUCUGCUGCUGAGAAAGAUAUUGUGCCUAGAUAUGAUUUAGAGAAAUAUGUAGAACGUAGAACAACAACUAGGCAUCCAUUCUGGAGGUGGUGGAACUAUUUACAGAGAACCUGGACAUGGAUGUGGAAUUCCAUGUUCUUCUUUGGAAUUGUUAUACCAUGGUGUAGUCCUAUUAGCCUUCGUGCUUUAUUUUUACCCAAAUCGUUUACCCCUGAUUAUCAACUUAGUCAAUUCACUGGUGCUCUUCAUCCUUGUGAGUCGUCACGUACACAAACAUUAACGUCAAGGUUACAGUUACUAUGGCAACAUGUCAGAAAAUCACGGAAAGAUUUUGAAGAAGCUCCUGAUACAGGGUUUUUAGGAAAGAGUCUGUCUCGUCAUAUUAAUAGAUUCUGGAACUAUGUUAUUAAAGGGAGUUUAGGUAGUUUAUUAAUUGUUCUAGUCUUCCCUACAGUGGCUUUAGUAUCAUCAUUAUUAUCUAUAACAUUAGCUCUAACUUGUCCUGUAUGGGUUCCAGUUGUAACUUUAAUUGCUCAUCUAGGAUUUAUAUUGGUAUAUGAUAUUGAUUGUCCUGAGAAAGGUGUUAAUCGGUUUUUCUGUGUAUGUGAAGCUGUAAUAUGGAAUAUAAUUAUACAAGGUUGUUUACAACCUAUAGCUGCCUUUAUAACAGGAGCUAUCAUCUGUCCUACAGCUGCUUUUUUCGUUAUAUUUUUUGGUUUGUUACGAAGAACUGGAAGAGGAUUAUGGGACACCUUCAUGUUUCAAACUAUUAUAAAAAGUCGUGGACGUGUACCAGCUAGAGAUGGUUUUGUUGCUAGAAGAAUUUCUGGCCCAGGUUUAGCUUCAAACUACUUUUUCCAGAUUCGACCAGAACAGGCUUUAGCAGCUGUAGAAUCUCAGAUGGAAAAAGAUGAACUUGAAGCAUGGAAAGUGAGAAUAUUAAAAAUUAUAGAGGAACCAAAAGAUGUUUAUAAGAAGUUUGUAAGCAAUUGUUUUGAGCCAUUCUCAGCUGAAAUCAGUAAUCAAGGUGUUUAUAAGAAGUUAUGUCAGGAAACUCUACAAUAUAGUACAGAUCUUAGAACUAAAGUAGAUGAGAGAGAAAGAAAGUUACGAACAGGAUUAUAUCCUGAUUUUCAGAGAAGAAUUAAAUUACCAGAGGGAGAUUUAAAGUUAACAGUAUUAUAUACAGCUAAAUUAUUAGAGAGUUUUUAUCCUGAACAUGUUAUUAAACGUUUAUUAACUACAGAAGAAGAAUAUUGGGAAUCUCAACAUUUAGAAUUUCGUGACUGGAAAGGUCUGGCUUGUAAAAAAUUAAGUGAUAUAUUUACUAGAUAUUUUUUGAUGCCAUUAGAAGAAACUGAUAAUAGUUUUGAACUGAAGGUAGAACAUUUAAAUUUAUCACGAUAUGUUGAUAUGUUAGCUAAAUCUGAAUAUCACGAUGAUUUAUAUGUUGUAUCACAUCAACAAUCACCACCAGCAAGUAUAAAUGUAAAGGCACCAUAUUUAGACUGUGGUUAUUUUAAUCCAACCCAAAGAUUAAUACAUACAACUAGAUUUGCUGAGAAAAGAGCUGAAACCUUUCAACCCUUGCAGCCACAUAAUAACCCAAUAUAUACCCAAGCGAGCAGAAAACUUGCCGUUAAGAUAGAAAAGAGAUUACCAUGGAAGAGAAGAUAUGAAGGAAAUGUAUUUGAUAAAUUAGAAAUUCCAUUACCUAUUCCCCAUCCUGUAAAUAUAGCUAUAGCAAUUUAUAAUAGGUCUGUAUUUUUAUUUCAUUAG